AUGCCUAAUCCCCCCUCGCCGCCAUCGCCAGUCUCUUCAGGCAAGAAGAGACCACAUCCCUCCGACACUCCGCCAACGCAAACCGACCCCGCGACCAAUACCGCGCCCAAACCCUCCGCGACGGCCGAGCCCUCCAUCUCGCCCGCCCAUUCAACCGCCGCCCCCGCCUCGUCCGCUUCCUCGUUCCGGAAUGUCUCCGCCUGCAAUCGUUGUCGACUGCGCAAGAACCGCUGCGACCAGCGCCUCCCGCGCUGCCAGUCCUGCGAGAAGGCCGGCGUGCGCUGCGUCGGAUACGACCCUAUCACCAAGCGGGAGAUCCCGCGCAGCUAUGUCUAUUUCCUGGAGUCGCGCGUAGCACAUCUCGAGAAACAAUUAGCGGAUAACAAUAUUGAGUUUAAGAAGGUCGUCGCUUUCGACGAGGAGGAGGCUAUCAAGGUCGAGGCUGAUGGCGACGCUGCGCAAGCUCGUCCUGGUUCUGACGCUCAGGCCCGGGAGGGGUCAGCAGAGAAAGCACGGUUGAAGAACACAUCGAAAGAAGAAGCUGAUCGACUAGGGCGCAGAGGAGAGGGGGAUAAUCGCGAUGCGGACGAUGACCCGUCUACCGAGGAUAAUUGGCGUCUACAGAAUCUGGUUUCGAAUAUCGGCAUGGUCUCUGUACAGGGUACUUCCGAUCCGCGAUAUCUGGGGUCGACGUCGGGCAUUUCUUUUGCCCGUGUUGUCUUCGCUGCGGUAAGGAGCUCACUCCCCGGUAACAUGCCGGAGCGUGCAGCGAUUCGAACGAGCGAUCGAUUGCCUCAGAGUGCUGCUGGCACUGCUGGGGGAGGGGGUAGUAUGCGCGAUUCCUUCUUCGGGCUGCAGACAAGACCGAUGAUGAAAUGCGCGACUUUCCCUGACCAGGAGCUAGCUGAACGGCUGGUUGAUCUUUACUUUGAACACGCGAAUCCUCAGAUGCCGAUUCUCCACCGGGGAGAUUUCAUGGAGCUGUUGGAUAAGACCUAUUUGUUAGAAGAGAAGAAGCGUUCUCCGCGUGCGCUUUAUGUGCUUAAUAUUGUAUUUGCUAUCGGUGCUGGUAUCAUCUUUGAGGAUAAGCCUCAAAGCUCGGAUGAUGAGAAUCGCAGCAGUCGUGGCCGGUCCUCGUCUGGGACGAAGAGACCGAGACUCUCGAGCCAUCAGUACCAGCCGGAGGAAUACCAUGCCUCGGCAAUCGUUCAUUUAGAAUCGUUCCUCGGUUCGUCCUCCAGCGAGGGCUUUGGUGGAUUGGAAGAGCUGCAGGCAGUGCUCCUUCUAGCCAGCUUUGCCCUAUUGCGACCCGUUGCACCGGGUCUCUGGUAUAUCGUCGGUGUGGCCACGCGCUUAGCCGUCGACCUUGGGCUUCAUUACGAGGAUGGAGCGGGCAUUGACUCUUCUACGAAAGACGGCAACCAAGCACAGUCACGGAUCGAUGCUCGUGAACGUGGACGACGCGAAUGGGUGCGCGAUAUCCGUCGUCGGUUGUGGUGGUGCGUCUACAGCUUUGACCGUCUGGUAGCUACGUGUGUUGGACGACCAUUUGGCAUCAGUGAUCAGGCCAUCAGCACAGAGUUCCCGUCUAUGAUGGACGACAAAUACAUCACCAAGUCCGGUCUUUUGACACCACCGGACGGGGCCCCUACAUAUAAGCAUGUCGCAUUCCACUAUUUCAAACUACGCCUUCUUCAAUCCGAGAUCCACGAUGUCCUCCAAUACCAACAGACGCGCGCUGUGCGGAAGAGAGGCCCUGGUGCAUCUAUUCUUCCGCACGCUGAGCUUUCCUCUCCUUUCCUUCAGGGCUUUGACUCGUUCCGCUCGUGGCGCUAUGAUCAGAGCUUGACGGUUCCUGCUGAAUUGGCGGGGGAACUUACUCCUGCAGAUGACGUUUCUAGUCCGUCCUUUUCUAAUCCUGAUGAAGGUGACGAGGAGGAUCAUGUCUAUCUCAAUGUUGCCGAGGCUGGUCAGAAGGUCAUUCGUAUCUAUCGCCAAUUGCAUAGAGUACGCUUGGUGAAUUAUACCUAUCUUGCUACGCAUCACAUUUUCAUGGCUGGAAUCUCCUUCUUAUAUGCCAUUUGGCAUUCGCCUUUGGUUCGAAGCCGCCUAACCCUCGAUGAAGUCGACUUCACCGUUCUCGCCGCAACUUCUGUUCUGGGUGACCUGAUGCACAAAUGUCCACCUGCGGAGGCAUGUCGGGACGCGUUCGAGCGCAUGAGCAAAGCAACCGUCCAGAUGUGCCUUUCAACAACCGGAUUCGGAUCACAGGUAGACAUGAGCCGUAUCUACGCCGCAUCAAACACCGGCAGCUCACUCCACCCCGGCCGGCCGCGACAGCCUAUGGACCAACGACACCGCGCAGGCCAAGGGCAAUCCCGGCGAGCGACGCAGACACGCCCGUCCCGUCCCACCCCAAACCCGGAGGGCCAUCCUGCCCCCAACCAGAAACGAUGGCCCCCAACUUCCCAGCAGACCAGUCUUCCCGGUCUUAUGGACAGCGCAAUCCAUCGAUGGAUUACUAUCUCAAGUACGAGAACCCAAACUCCCCACAACCGAACCCGCAAUUUUAUUACUCGAACUCGCCGCAACAUAGUGGCUCCCCCCGGCAGCAACGCUCAAACUCAUGGUUUGCCGUCUGCCGACACCGAGGCUCCGCAGGGCAUGAGCCUUGAUUUCUUGGAUUUUGGCUCGGGCGAUGCUGAAGGCCAGGGUAAUAUGGAAGGAGAAGGCAAUCCUGAUUACAAUAUGCUGGGUGUGCCGUCAUUGGGUCACAACCUGGGCCAAAAUGUUGGAAUCGAUCUUGGCUUUGGUAUGGCUAUGGACUUCCAGCAUGACUGGAGUGAGAAUCCUAAUUACGAUCUUUUGGAGGGCUAUUUCUUUGGUGGUUCUGGGGCCGGCGCACCUGGAGGGGAUGUCUAG